AUGCAUCACUUCAUCACAUUCUGUUCUCGCUUUAUUGCUUACUCCAAUGACAAUGAAGGGAACCCCUUUCAAAUGCAACUAUUCCCCAAAGCGUCAUCUUCACCAGCUUUAUUACAUGCGAUGGCGGCUCUCGCUGCGGGGCAUCUAUCUCGGACUCAAAAACAGCAUGAAAUACCCGCUACGAACCACUAUACUCUGGCACUUCGCGAGCUAAACUCUAGUCUCUCUGAUCCUGUUGUUGCACGCUCCGAUCAGACAUUGGGUGCAUGUCUACUCUUAUGUGUCUUCGAAAUAUCAAAUUCUGAUAAUUCUCUAUGGCUCGAACAUCUCCAGGGCGCAAGAGAUCUCAUUCUAUUCAGAGGUGGUCCUAAAACCUCUGACUACCUGACACGAAUGUUCUCCUUCCUCGAUAUCUCUGGCUCCUUAUCAUCGGGCGGUGGCCCACUCUUGGAAGGCAAUUACUGGCUCAACAACGAUCUAAAUGAGGAGCAAGACGACAAGACCCAAUUGGCUGGGUGGCCUUAUUACGAUACUGAUCAUACAAUGGUCAACCAUUUCCACGAAUUGAUGGUCUACAUGGCCAAGCUUUCACGACUAUCAGCCGAAUCGAUGAGUGAUAUCGGAAGCCAGCAUCCCGAAAUGAUUGCUGAGAAGGCUGCUCAGAUCCAUUCUGAGCUAAUGACCUGGUGGUCGGCUUGCCCUGAAAAAUUACGGAACCAGAGCAAUGACUGGCGAAGGCAAUUACGACCUCGAAAACUUACGGUUCCUGAAACUUUGGAAGAAGAAGCUUUUUCCAGCGUUAGGUCUUGCGUCCAAGCAUGCGUUAUUUAUCUGAACCACAUUUUGGAUCCUAUGGGCCGCGAACCACAGAAACAGGAGGUUAUUGAUGCCAUUAGUGAUAUCUUGGCAAUUGCGCAAGAAACACCGGAAGGGUAUGGUUUGGAAAUGGGCCAAUAUUGGGGACUCUUCAUGGCUGGAAUUGCGGUGUUCAAUGACGAAGUUGCGGAAGACCUCAUCCGUCGCAAGUUGAAAGCCGAUACCAGUGUCAGUAUUUACCAUGCUGAUCGACCGCACGACUUACUCGAGAUUCUGUGGAAAAGACAACAUCAAUACGGUACCAAAUACGAUUGGAGACAAGUGCAAAUCCAGAUGGGAAUCCAAAUACCAUCGACAGGGACAGUCCUACUUACUGGAGGGACGGGCAAGAUUUCGAGUCGCAUCGCUCCGCUGCUGUCUGCCAACGGCAACGAUGUUCUCAUAGCUUCUCGCUCUGGUAAUUCACCAGAGCUUGCCAGUUGCAAAGGUGUGAAGUUUGAUUGGCUUGAUGAAAGCACCUAUAAGACGGCCUUCGAAUGUGCUUCGAUAUCAGCCAUAUUCUUGGUAGCACCGCCUAUUAUGGAUUGUUUACCACCUAUGAAAACAUUCAUUGAUCUCGCUAUCAAGAAUGGUGUGAAGAGGUUUGUACUGUUGAGUGCUAGUGUACUGGAAGAUGGUGAUGGACCCAUCAUGACUGCCGUGGCCUCAUACAUAAAGGGUUUGAAAGUCGAGUAUGCAAUAUUGCAGCCGACAUGGUUUAUGGAAAACUUCUCGGAAGUUCAACACCUACCAACUAUCCGAGACCAAGAUCAAAUCAUUACUGCGACUGGACAAGGCAAAGUCCCGUUCGUGAGGGCAGAAGAUAUUGCAGCAGUGGCAUUCAGAGCCCUGACUGAAGAAGUCCCUCACAAUAAAGAUCAUCUCAUCCUUGGUCCGAGACUUUGGUCGUAUGACGAAGUAGCGGCCCUUCUCACCCAAAAACUGGGACGAAAAAUCUCACACCUCAAAAUCAGCGAGGCAGAGUUUGCCCAAGGCAUCGCAAAUUUCAUGCCGGAAGACUAUGCCAAGAUGUUAGCUAAGUUGGAGACUGUGAUCAAGAAUGGGGGCGAGGAGAGAUUGAAUGAUGUUGUUUCGAAGGUUACAGGACGGGAACCUAAACGGUUUGAAGAUUUUGUAGAUGAGAUGGUGGGAAAGGGUGUUUGGGACAAAAGCAGUGAGGAAUAG